AUGAAUCUUAAAUCAAGAAAUGGAUGUAAGCACUGCAAAAAAUUAAGAAUUAAAUGUGAUGAAAACAAGCCCAUUUGCUCAAAUUGUAUUAAAAGAAAUAUAAAACAUUGUGACUACUCUAAAGUCUUUGUUUGGGGCGGAAGACCAUUUAAAAAUAGAGAAUUAAAAACAGACUUACCCAACACAAAGAUUGUCAAUGGUGUGAUUGCUCUUGCUACUGAAAAUAAUCAUACAAUGUUAAAAACAAAUAUAAAUCAAGAUGAACGUAAUAUUAUUAAAAAAGAUAAAAUCAGGAAGAAAAAAAAAAACUCUUCUAUCUUUUCAAAAUACAAAAUAGUUCAAGUUGAUGAAAAAUCUUUAACUUUCGAUACAGAAGGGGGAGAAUUUGGUGAAAAAGACGACUAUGUAAUACUAUCAGAAAGGAAAGUGCAACCAGAGACAAUAAAAGCACAGAAAAUACAGGCUUGCAAUAUCUCAACGAUAAACGACCUAACAACAACUUUUAAUUUGUCAACACCGAAACAAUUUGUGAUAGAAGAAAUAUUGAAAUCACCAAAAUUCGAAGAAUGUUCUUUGGAAAGAGAAGAUAACAACAACAAUACAGAGAUAGAAGGAAAAGCAAAUAUUAAAGAUAUACUUCUUUCAAAUUCACCCCCUCCGUUAGAAGAAGAGGCUACAGUUCUUUUAACUAUUCCACAAAUUCCAUCUCGUAAUACAGAAUAUGAUUUGUUUGAAUUCUUUUUAACCGAAAGUUGCAGAAUGUUUGUACCGACUCCAACAGCAAUUUACUCUAAUAAUCCAUUUUAUACCAUUUUCCCUAAAUUGGCCUCAAGUAGUGAAUCAUUAAUGAAAUUAGUUAUUGCAUUCAGUUCGAACCAAAGAGCAAUGCAAUCAUCCUUUAUGAAUAAUAAUAUGUCUGAUGCUGAUUUGGUGGAUAACAGUUUCCAGCAAAUGCUGUCAAACAAUCUAAUAAAUGAAGCUAUAUCAACACUGGUCCUGAAACUAAAUGAUAAAGACAAAUGUUUGACUAACGAAACAUUGGCCAAUAUACUAAUGUUUGGCGUAUUUAGUAUUUAUUUUGGUGAUAAUAAAUGGAGAAUACAUAUUAGCGGUGGGAAGCAAUUGAUCCAUAAUAGGUUUACCAUUGGUGGUAACACUUCAACGCGCAAUACAGCAAUAGUGAUAUCCCCUGAAGCUAAAGUGCACCACAAGUUUACUGCAGAAACACAAUUUUUAUUAAAUUGGUUCAAUUACAUGGAUAUAGUUUCAGGGCUGACUAGUUGUCACAAUAAAGAAGGAUCAUCUGUGGUAUUUAACGAUGCAUUUUCAAUGUAUUCAACUAUACUGGAUUACAAGUAUGAAACUGAAGAUUUGUAUGAAUUGAGACUACAGCUAAGGGAUAUCGAAUAUUUUAGUGGUGUCGAUGUCCAGGUUCUGUCCUACUUAAGUGAGAUUGUUAAAUAUACUAUUUUCAAAGAAAACAAGACCUUAAUUGAUUAUUUUAAAGUAUUGACCUUGAAAAAGUCGGUGUUGGAAUAUUUAAAAGAUUCUGAAUCUGCCAGAGAUACAAUAUUUGAAUUAUAUUAUAAAGAUCAAGAAGUUUAUAAUUUUACCAUUAAAGCUAAAUGUACAGCUUAUAGAACAUUGCGAGCCAUCAAUUUAAUUUUUGCAUUAACCGGUGUUUUGCAGCUGGAAAGAAGAGUUUUGGAGAAAAAAAAUAACAACACAGAAGUUAAAACAUUAAUCCAAAGAAUUGUUAAUAUAAUGAGUAAUCAUGUCCCCGUUGGUUCACCAGCUUCUCAAUGCAUUGUCUUUGCGCUGUUUUGUGUUGGGUGCGAACUAAUCGAUCUAGAUUUAAUAGGAUAUAGGGUUAUAAUAUUAGAUCAUUUGAUUUCCUUAAUUGAAACCGGCGUCGAAACUGCCUCACAGGCAAAGAAAAUCAUAGAAAGAUGCUGGGCCAAUCCGGGAAAGCCAUGGUGGAUAAUAAUGAAAGAGGAAUCUAGAGAUUUAUCCUUUGGAUUAUGA